CAAAAACGAAAAAUUCUCUAGUUCAAUGGCCUACCUUGCGUCAGACUCAUCGUAAGAGUCUAAGACCCGUUCUUAUUGAUGAAAGCUAAGAAGACACACAUUCAGUUUUGCAUCUCCACAACAUUCACACAAAUUAGAAGUCAAACUAAUCGGUUUGUUCGGUUCGAUUACGGUUUAGUAAUCUGCAGACCUUUCCCAGAACGCAGCGUUGAACGCAUUAGGGUUUCUUCGUGGGUUUUAGUUUUGCCUUAUUCUCUCUCUCUCUCUUUCCUCUUGUCCAAGGAAUCUGGAAAAAGAAAACUCAUCUUCUCCGAGGUCUUUGAUUGAUCUAAAUCGAAUCUCUUUCCGGCGGUUAGAUUCAGAAGAAAGCUACAAUGGGCCAGGCAGAGAAUCUCUGGGUUGCUUCAGAGAUCCCCUCGUCGUCGUCGUCCCCGGCGGAAACAAAAGUCCUUGACUUUCCGACCAAAGAUUCGACCACCGGGUUUGAAAUCCUCUGUCCGAAAACAGUUUCCCUGCCUCAUUUGGAGAAGGGUUCGACGGAGGAUAAGCUAGGUUUGACGGAAAGGGUUUUCUCCGCCGCCGGAGCUGCUUUUCUCUCCGCCGUUAUUCUAAAUCCUCUCGACGUCGUCAAGACUCGAUUGCAAGCUCAAGCUGCUGGAGUUUCUUACUCUCACCCUCUCAGCUACGACAUUGGCCGCAUGGCGUUCUUUGGACCAAACAUGAUGUUUGCAGACUUGAGAUGUUCUCCUUCGUGUGCACGCGCUGGUGUUCAGGGUACUGUCUCCAUUUGCCCGCCGGAUUGUUUCCAGUACAAAGGAACGUUUGAUGUCUUCACCAAGAUCAUACGACAGGAGGGGAUGGGACGCCUGUGGAGAGGGACUAACGCUGGUCUUGCCUUAGCUGUGCCUAUGGUUGGGAUUUAUCUUCCGUUCUAUGAUAUGUUUCGGAACCGGUUGGAAGACUUGUCUAGGGAGAAUGCUCCUGCUACAACUAUAUUUGUGCCUCUUGUGGCUGGGGCAUUGGCUAGAUCCUUAGCUUGUACAGUCUGCUAUCCUAUUGAACUUGCAAGAACCCGUAUGCAGGCAUUCAAAGAAGCCAAAGCCGGUAUGAAGAAGCCUCCUGGAGUUCUUAAAACAUUGGUUGGUGUAGUCUCUGAAGUCAGGACAGUAAAUAACCUUCAAAACAGUUUGCACAACUAUCGUGUUCUAUGGAGAGGCUUGGGUGCACAGCUAGCCCGUGAUGUUCCAUUCUCAGCAAUCUGCUGGGCUACUCUCGAGCCAAUGAGAAGAAGGCUUCUUGGAAUCGUGGGAAACGAUACAAACGCUCUAGGUAUCCUCGGUGCAAACUUCUCCGCUGGUUUUGUAGCUGGAACUAUUGCAGCUGCAACAACUUGUCCUUUUGACGUUGCAAAAACAAGAAGGCAAAUAGAGAAGGACCCUUGUAGGGCAAUGAGAAUGACGACACGACAGACACUCAUAGAAGUUUGGAGGGAUGGAGGGAUGAGAGGACUGUUUACGGGAAUAGGUCCAAGGGUGGCACGUGCAGGACCAUCAGUUGGGAUAGUGAUUUCAUUCUAUGAAGUAGUCAAGUAUGCUCUGCAUCGCCAAUACGCUUCAUCAUGACCCUACAAAGUAACUAAUCACCUACACAUGAAUGUGGAUACGGCUUUAGGUUAUAGCUUCUUUAUCUCAACAAAAUAAGUUAAGUAGGCUCAAUCCUCCACCA